AUGUCCGACGUUGAGCAGGCGAUUAAGGCCAAGCAGCCGCAGCCGUCUCAGUUGGACUGCUCCAUCGACGAUGAGACGGAUCCCGCCGACUUCGGCGGCCUCGGAGCAGUUGGCAUCCAGGAGCAUCCAGGAUGUGGAUCGGAGGUGGGUUCCAAGACCACCGCCUCGCUGACCGCCAAGCCGCGCGGCAGUUUCCGGCGCUGCUGCGGCCACUUGCUCAAGCUCCUCUUCUCCACGCCCGGCCUGGUGCUCCUGGUCAUCGGCUACUCCGUGCUGGGCGGGCUCCUCUUCCCGCUGCUGGAGGCGCCGCAGGACAUCAGCAAGUCGGCUGCCAUUGCCAAGAGUCGGGAGGACUGCCUGCGCGAACUCUGGAUCAUAACAGAGAAACUGAACGUUCUGUACGAACGCAACUGGACGAUGCUGGUGCACGAGCAGCUGCGUCGCUUCGAGGGCUCCAUUGUGGCGGCCACGCGCCAAGGAUCCGCUGGCUCCUCCGGCGGAGGAGGAGCAGGACUCUUCCACGAGGGCAGUGCGAGUGCCCUGGGCCACUUUGGCUACGAUGCCGGCGACUCACAGAGCUGGACGUUCAGCGAAGCUCUGCUCUACUCGGUCACUGUGAUAACGACAAUUGGUCACGGCAGCCUGACGCCGCGCACCGCCGCCGGGAAGCUGGCGACCAUCUUCUACGCCCUGGUGGGCGUGCCCCUCAUGCUGAUGUGCCUGUCCAGCUUGGGAGCCCUGCUCGCCGAUGGCCUGCAGUGCACCUACGUGCGACUCUGCUGCCAGCUGCAGAGGCACCAGGAGCACAGAAGGAAAUCCACACCGGGCACAUCGACUCCAUCUGGCGCCAACUCGAGGGAAAAGGACAAGGACAAGAGGUCCAAGCGGCGAAUGGCCAAUUGCAAGGGCUGCCAGUACGAUGUGGCCAACAGUGAGACGAGCUUAAACGACUGCUUGGAGUAUGGCCAAAAGGGAAAGCUGCCGCCAGACAAAAAGGAAGGAGAUGCCUGUCAAUUGUUGCGCAACUUGAAUCCGCAGCAGCACUUCUACCAGCAGCAGCAGCAGCUGCAGCUGCAGCAGCCGCAGCAGCCGGAUGUCAUGCUAAUGACAACGACAUCGGGCAGUGCGCUGCUGAAAUACGCACCGCAGCAGCAACAACUGCAGCAGCAGCAAUUAUCGACAGCAACACUCCCGCGACAACAUCAUCAGAUGCAGCUGCAGCAGCAGCAGCAGCAACAUCACACGCAGCAGCAGCAACUGCAACAGAAUUUCGUGGCUGUGCCUAGCAGCAUGCUGCGAAUGCCGCUUACGGUGCCGCCAAAUUGUUAUGCGCCCGCGACAGCAACGAUCUACUUUCCGUUCGGCCACGCCCCCUCCGCCCCAGGCAGUCCCGCCCACAGCCAAGCGCACCCAUCUCCGAAUCCGAAUCCGAAUGGCAGUCCGCUGGGGAACACCACCCUCGGUCCACAGCCGCUGGUCAAGUACCACACGAUACACUUGCAGCCCGCAUCCGGGAAGCACCGAGUGCUGGCUUCUGGACUUCAGGACGCAACAGCCGUGAAUCUCGUGACAGCAUCCGAGGCAUCCAUUUCCACACUGGAGGCCAUCACUUUGCCACCGCCCCCGGCCUACCAGACAGCCAAUGUGCACGCUGUGCGACGGGCCAAGUUCGUGACGAAGCCAUUGCCACACGAGAUCAACGCACUGAUGGCCUGCGGAACGGGAUCGCCGGACUUAUCCGGCCGGCAUGAUUUAUUGCCGCCAGCCCGUUCGGGGUCACCAGCAACAGGCGCUGCAGCAGGUCCUUUGUUAGCCUACACGGCCGCAGCAACAGGCCCACAGCUGUCAGCUGGGAUGAAGGGCGGAACAGGAGCACCACCCACGGCAGGAGCACCAAUGGUUCCUGGGGAAGGAGGCCGAGGGGCAGCCCCUCUGACCGAUAACGGUUUUAUGGCCGCAGGUGUCUGUGGCAUGGGUGCUCUUGCUGCUCCUCUUUCGGCAACAUCAUCGGUGGCGGCCCCUGCAACAGCCACUGCAACAGCCUCCUCGGCAGCAUCAACAUUGUCAGCUCUUCUAAGCGCCAACUCCACGGCCCAUGUGGACAUCAUGGAGGACGAGGAUGAGCAGGAACGGGAGCGCCUGAGCAACUGUCCGCAUGGCACGCCAUCACGAGUGCCGCUGAUAGCGAGUCCUUUGAGCGUGCCGCAGGACUCGGGCGAGAACACCUCCCGCAACACCGCCUUCAACCGCCACACGCUGCAGCCGCUGAGCCGCAAGACGCUGCUGCUGACACGCCGGUGCCACAGACACGCCUCCGGAACCCUGUACGACAGUACGGCGAACAACACGGAGACCUCCGACGACGAGGAGUACAUGCAGCACGGCAGCGAGCAGUUUGUGCUCAAGAAGCUGCGCUACCACUGCGACGGGAAGGACUGCCGGGAGGCGGAGGACUCCGAGGACGAGGACGAGGAGGCGGAGGGCCGACAGGUGCCCAUCAGCCUGGUGCUGCUCAUCCUGGCAAGCUACAUCUGCGUAGGCACCGUGAUCUUCGCUCUGUGGGAGAACUGGUCGCUGGUGGACGGGGCGUACUUCUGUUUUGUGACCCUGUCGACAAUCGGAUACGGAGAUUUUGUGCCCGCCCGGAGCUUCAACGGGCCGGAGUUGCAGCUGUACGCCUGCUGCGCCUACUUGCUUCUGGGACUCGUCCUAGUCGCCAUGUCCUUCAGCAUCCUGGAAACGCAGCUCAUGUGGAAGUGCAAGCGCAUUGCCGUGCGACUGAAGCUGGCCCGCACGGAUGGGUAAUGUGCUCAUCCUAAUCCUCUCACAACAAUCUGCAAUCUUCAAUCUUCAACCUGCAAUCCGAAUGCUUGAAUCAUAGACUAAGUGAACUG